AUGGUGAGUGAAGACCCUAACCAACAGGACCACGAUGGCACCCCUUCGCAAACUUCGGCGCUCCAGGAGCACCCCAAUCUCUCAGUCCACCCCAGCGUCUCGAUCCACCCCAGCGUCUCGAUCCACCCCAGCGUCUCGGCCCACCCCAGCGUCUCGGCCCACCCCAGCGUCUCGAUCCACCCCAGUGUCUCUGUAUACCCUAGUAGUUCAGCCCACCCAAGUACCUUGGCUCAACCCAGUGGCUUGAUCCAGCCCAGUAGCUCGGGCCCUGAAGAUCUUAGCGUGAUCAAGGUGAGCAGGCGCCGGUGGGCGGUGGUCCUGGUGUUCAGCUGCUACUCCAUGUGCAACGCCUUCCAGUGGAUCCAGUACGGCGCCAUCAAUAACAUCUUCAUGCACUUCUACGGGGUCAGUGCCUUCGCCAUCGACUGGCUGUCCAUGUGCUACAUGGUGACCUACAUCCCUCUGCUCCUGCCGGUGGCCUGGCUCUUGGAGAAAUUUGGCCUGCGUACCAUCGCCCUCACUGGCUCCGCUCUCAACUCGCUGGGGGCCUGGGUGAAGCUGGGCAGCCUGCAGCCACAUCUCUUCCCAGUCACCAUGCUGGGCCAGGUCAUCUGCUCCGUGGCCCAGGUCUUCAUCCUGGGUAUGCCCUCCCGCAUUGCUUCCGUCUGGUUCGGGGCUAAUGAGGUGUCAACCGCCUGCUCCAUAGCUGUCUUUGGCAAUCAGCUAGGAAUUGCCAUUGGGUUCUUGGUCCCUCCCGUCUUGGUACCCAACAUCAAAGACCAGGACAAGCUUGCCUACCACAUCAGCAUCAUGUUCUACAUAAUCGCAGGUGUGGCCACUCUGCUUUUCAUCCUUGUCAUCAUAGUGUUCAAAGAGAAGCCUAAACAUCCCCCCAGCAGGGCCCAGUCCCUGAGUUAUGCCUUGGCGUCUACUGAUGCUUCAUACUUAAGUUCCAUCAUCCGAUUCUUCAAAAACCUCAACUUUGUGCUGCUAGUCAUCACCUAUGGUCUGAACGCUGGUGCUUUUUAUGCCUUGUCCACUCUGCUGACUCGCAUGGUGAUCUCCCACUACCCGGGGGAAGAAGUGAAUGCUGGAAGAAUCGGCCUGACCAUCGUCCUUGCAGGAAUGCUUGGGGCUGUGAUCUCAGGCAUCUGGCUGGAUAGGACAAAAACCUACAAGGAGACAACUUUGGUGGUCUAUAUCAUGACUCUGGUGGGCAUGGUGGUUUACACAUCUACCUUGAACCUGGGACACCUGUGGGUAGUGUUCAUCACGGCUGGCGCAAUGGGAUUCUUUAUGACUGGCUACCUCCCACUGGGGUUUGAGUUUGCCGUGGAGCUGACAUACCCGGAAUCAGAAGGCAUGUCGUCUGGCCUCCUCAACGUGUCUGCCCAGGUAUUCGGGAUCAUCUUCACCAUCUCCCAGGGCCAGAUUAUUGACAACUAUGGAACCACGCCUGGGAACAUCUUCCUGUGUGUCUUCCUGACCCUUGGGGCUGUGCUCACUGCAUUCAUCAAGGCAGAUCUCCGGAGGCAGGAUGCAAACAAAGAAACUCCCGAGACUAAACCCCAGGAGGGGGACGAGGAGGAGGACAGCAAGAGCAACAAAGCCCCCACCACUGUCUAGGAGGAGCAUUUCUGAGAGAGCGGAGGAGUGACUCGGGGGACUCGGACCGCCCCCACCUCUCCAGCCAGCACAGCUCUGCCUGCCAGCCCCACGGCCUUCACCCGAGCAGCUUCUGGGGGAACUAGGAGGAACAUCUGUGUCUUGGAGGACAGUGCUCUGCUUCCUGGAAGUCACUCCAGAGCUUGCCCUGUCUCUGUGAGGGGGGUGCCCUUUCCACCACACAGGUUGGGGCUCCGCCCUCCCCCUGUAGGUUCUGGGAGCUGGGGUGGCAGAGAGAAUCCUGGAGUCAGUCCUGACUGCUGCCUCACCUUCCUGCUCCAGCCCCUCUCUAGGGAGAUGUCCGCCAGAGGAAGGGCAAGCCCAGCCCAUGGUCGGUGUCCUUCACUGCAAACUCACCUAGAUCAUUGCCCCCGAGAACUCCAAGGGUCUCCCGAGAGGUGAAAGGAAAGAAGGAGUGGGGGGCCUUGAUAGGACUUGGGUCUGCUGGAUUAGGUGAGCACGUCCACCUCUGGUGGGGACAGUGUUGCAGCCCCAAACCCUCUCCUCACCCCUUCUCCAGCAACAAUCCUUUCUCAGACACCCUGAAUUUAAAGGGACUCCUUUCAACCAGCCCAAGCUGACCACUCAUGCCUUGCCUGCAUCUGGCUGUACUCAACGGCUUGGGGAGAAUUGCCUCAAAAUAAGACAUUUGUGCCAGUUCUCCUGUGCCCUGAGCUCUGUAAUCAAGACGCCUGUGCUGUUUAGUUGUGCCCACUGCCUCGGCCUCAGUGCCUUGGAGUUGCCUGCGUGGCAGCGGUGCUUGGGCCAGGACCCGAGGUGUGCCCACGGUGUCUGUGUCUGUGUGCACAGAUCUUCUGUACAUAAGCAAAGUCAAACUUCUGGUAGGAGGACCGAGUUAGGGCUGGGAGGGAAGUGGACAGUGAUGGUUUUGCACUUUUUGAUGAGGCCAAAGUGUUUACUCUUCAGUCCCUUAAAAUGCAUAAACAAAAUGCUUGCUGAAACCAUUGUUUCAUUUUAAAAACAUAAUUAGUCAUUUUCUACUUGUUAAUAUCAGGUGAUCAAGGCAGCGAUAGAUUCUCCAUGUGGUCUGCCUUAUCAUUUGUUGGGGCAGAGACGGCUUUGGGGGUGGGAAUGGGAAGGAGGGGUGGGGGCUCUAUACCAUGAGAGGUGGUCCUCUGCUGCAUAGACGGUGCCAUCGACUGGGUUAUUUUUAAAAUGAGGCUGCAGAGGUUACACCUGGCCUAUCUGGGGACUGCAACUCAGUGCCUAACAUGGGACUAGGACUGCUUUCCACACAGCGUCCACUCGAAGACAGUGUGCCUGCUGCCAAGCGAGGACAGCGCCACCCGAGGGUGCCUGCUGCCAGGAGCCCACUGUGGUUUCUGGCUUAUCUCCCAGGGUGGCUGGCGUGUCUGCUCUACAAGCACAGCAGUCAUGCAGCAGACUGUCUGGGCCGGAACCCAGGGCUGUUUUCUGCAGCUCUGGAUUGCUCCCCUUCCUGUCACUCUCCCCUUCGUAAGGCAUUCACCUUAUGUGCGUUAUGAGAAUGGGCUGCAUGGACAUUUCUUCUCUAGCGAGCUGACUGCGUCUGGGGCACUCUGAUCCUAUCUGUCAGCAAUCCUUAGGCGGACGAACAACAGUAGGAUUCCACUUGAAAUCACCUGGGAAGGGGCCAAGCCUGGGCUGUUUGAGAAACCGAAUAGCCAGAGUAUCUGCCAAAUACCCUGUAUCAUCUGUAGCUCCUCCGGGAUCUUGCCUUUAUUUAUCAGGAAUCACACUUCCUCGAGGCGCGCCCAGGAGAUCCAUAUGUCUUGUGCUUUCAUUCAUUCUUUUCUGAGGUGGACUCCCUGCAGACCGCCACCCCAACAUUAACUCUCUGUAAGAUCACUGCUUUUCUUACUGCCUCCUACAAUGGCUGAUAAGGGAAAGAUAGUUCAUACCACGGAGCUCUUUUUCGAGGAGGGGACAUGAAGCCUGGAAUUGCUAUAACCACUUUUGGUACCAUAAAGGAAGCCAGCCUGUGGAUGAAGCCAACGCAGGAGGGCAGAGUCAAAAGAACUCCAGAGAAAUGGAACUGAGUCCUGAUCAAACCAUUCCUGAAGCCUACAAUCCUCUGUUCAGUUUUGUCAGCCAAUGUUAUCUUCAUCGCUUCAGCUAGUUUAAGGAAGACUUUGUUCCUUUCACCUGAAGAGCCUUAACUGGUUGGGAAGGCCCGUCGCAAGCCCCCUGCUCCCUUUGUAACUCCUACCUUCCACUGAGGAACAUCACCAUUCUGUAGUUCAGUGACCUUAGUCCUUGAACAAGAUUAAGUGCAGCUAGGUCUGCCCUAGAUACUGCCUCACAUAUGAAGACACAUGAUGUCUGUGACUCAGCUCAGAUCCCACCUCCUCAGAGAGGCUUUUCCCAGGGAUCUAGGUUCUGUACCUCCUCCUCUUCCGAAUCACGGUACCUGGUUUUCUAGAGUCUUAGCACUGCCUGGGGUCGUUCUUUCAGGUGUGGGCUUGUUGACAGUCUGUUUCUUGACUACAGGGACAUUGCCUGGGUCGUUCAUGUUUCCUUCCCAAGUGUCUGGCAUGGAGUAUGUGUUCAGUAAACACUCGCUGAAGUAGCGAACGGGUUCUCGCAUCUAUACUCUGUGUGUGAGGGUUCCGCCAGUGUGGAGGGGCUCAGGGCUGUGUCUGGAUGGCAGCCGUCUGCUCCAGCGCCUUGUCCUUGGGCUCCAGUGCUCUUUCCAUGCUCAUACAGCUGUUUCCUUUAUGUUAAAAUAGUCGACAGUUAAAAACAAAA